CAUAAUGACAAGGGUUUGCAGAAGGCUCUUGUUCCUGGGUCACUUGAGAUUUCACAGUAUGUCACAUGCUCCAUUGUCAUCACAUUCUGAACAUGUGCUGGUCCUGCAGAAUGAGGAACUUCAUCGCACUAGACAUACAGACAGACAGCAGCUGAAAUGCAUGUUCUCUGGAUGUAAGACGAAGAGCAGCGAACAAAAAGAGUAAUGAGCAAAAUAAACUUGAAGGUAAGGUCACUUUUAGCAUCUCUGAUUGUCCUGAUGUUACUGUGUAUCAGAGAGUGUAAUCCAAAGCCAGAUCCCCAUCAGAGGGAGCUGAUGCUGAAGCAGGACAUGUCCCAGCAGGUAGGGGGCAGAGUGGAGCUCACUGCGGCUGAACAGCAGCUGGAUUUACUCCUACACCAGCUGAAGCUGAAAGAAAUGGCUACUUCACCUUUCCCACCUGCCAAUCACUUCUUCAAAAUGCGGCACACCAUGCAAAAAAGCCCUGUCUUCAAACUGCUACAGAAAAUGCCAAAGGGUGCAGCUCUUCACAUCCACAGCUCUGCUAUGGUGAGUGUGGAUUGGCUGGUAAUGAAUGCAACAUACAGGCCUCAUUGUUACAUCUGCUUCAAGUGGGGCGGGUCAGUGCAGUUCCUUUUCUCAGCCAAUACGCCCUUUCUACGAUGGGGAUGCUCUUUGUGGAAACGAUUAGAUGUGCUGAGGGCAAGUCUGAGUGAUGUCACUGCCUUUGAUAACAGUUUAAUGCGGAAUCUCACACUUUUCACGGAAGACCCGGAGACGUCUUAUCCGACACAAGAUGCAGCAUGGGACAGGUUUGAGAAGACUUUUAUCGCUCUAUCUGGGCUGAUCACAUAUGCACCUGUCUUUAAAGACUACAUCUACCAGGGUCUGAAGGAGCUUUACAAAGACAACAUCAUGUACCUGGAGCUGAGGGUCGGACAGUCCAAGGCGUAUGAACUCGAUGGCACUACCCAUGACAGAGCGUGGUCUCUGGAGGUCUACAGAAACAUCACUGAGCAGUUCAGAGCAAAUCAUCCAGAUUUCAUAGGAUCUCGUUUAAUCUUCUCUGUCCACAGGUCUCUUAGUGUGUCUCAAGUGAAGCAGGCAGUACAAGAGGCCAUUGAAAUGCAGAGAAAAUAUCCAGACAUCGUUGCUGGGUUCGACCUGGUAGGUCGUGAAGACACUGGAGGAUCUAUCUGGUACUUUCGAGAUGCCUUAUCACUCGCUUCAGAGAUUAAGACACAACUUCCUUUCUUUUUUCAUGCUGGAGAGACAGAUUUGGAUGGUACAGAUGUGGACAGGAAUGUGUUAGAUGCUCUGCUGUUUAACACUAGCCGCAUAGGACAUGGUUUCGCACUGGUUCAUCAUCCCCUGGCCAAGCAGCUGUCCAGAAUGAGAGGGGUGGCAGUGGAGCUGUGUCCCAUUUCCAAUCAGGUGCUAAAACUGGUCUCGGAUCUGCGAAACCACCCAGCCGCAGUACUAAUGUCAGACGGCCAUCCUGUAGUUGUGAGCUCUGAUGAUCCCACCUUGUUCGGGACCACAGGACUCUCCUAUGAUUUCUACCAGGUCUUUGUGGGUAUUGGUGGGUUGACUGCAAACUUGGGCACUCUAAAGGAGCUUGCGAUGAAUUCAAUCAGGUACAGUUCUUUGUCACCACAACUACAGGACAAAGCUAUGACCGUAUGGAAGGAAAAGUGGAACAAAUUUGUGGCAGAGAAUUCAUAACCAUGACAAACAG